AUGGCCAUCAUUACUGCAAAACUUACCCAUUUUGCCGUGUCUGAUGAUGGAUCAAAUCUAGAUGCAGGGCUUGACUCACUCCUCAGCUCGAGCCUGCUGGAAGACAACCUCACCGGAGACGCCCCAUCCCUUGAUCAGUUCCGUAAAGCGUAUAUACUGGCCCUCUACGAGUUCCAUCAAUUCCCGGGCCAUCAGUCCUGGCUUCGUAUCGGUAGGGUAACGCGCAUGGCCUAUCGUAUCGGGCUGGAUCGACUUGAACAAGUCCGGGCGCUCUACCCCGACUGGAGCAUAGUUAGCGAGGAAGAUACCCAGGAAUGGCGCGCGCUAUGGUGGCGUAUCUACCGACUUGACACAUACUCCAAUAUCGCCUCAGGAACACCAUAUCUAAUUGAUGAUGCCGUAAUUAAUACCUUCUUCUGCCUCAGUGAGACAAAUAGUGUCUCCCAGGGAAUCCUCCUACCACCUAAUUCGGCUGGUUUAUCCGAACUCCUUCCCGCCAUCACAUCAGACCCUGAGACCUUGCUAAACAACAUUUACAAUAUCACGAUUGCCACCAUGCGCCAGGCCGGCCUCGUCACCCGCAUGCACAUGCUGCGACGGGGAGCUGAGAUUCUGGCGCACGUCGCCGACGUCGAACGACAGCUAACUACACUUCGUCUUGCCCUCCCACCAGGCUGGCUCAACCCGCGACGCAAUGCGUUCUCAAACGAGACCCCCGUGGACCACAAUGCAAGGCUAAUCACCGUCUAUCUCCUGCGAAUGGCGCAACUGCUUCUUUCCGUUGCGGAGUGCAGCCAACGUGGAGCAGACGACUGGCUAUCAAGCUGGCAGCGAGUUCUCGAGAUGUGUCAGGAUAUUGCCGCGCUAGCGGGUCAGUGGGAUAGUGCAUUCUGUCUCACCGUGGACCCGGCAAUCACGUUUACCAUUUUCACGACGCUUAUCUUCUUCGAUCUUCAUAGGAAGUCGGGGCCAGCGCUAGAGGGCAGUCUCCGCUCCAAUAUCGACCAUGACAUUACCGUACUUCAUCUGCAGCUCAGGCAUUUUGGAACAAUUUGGACGCAGGCGAGGCUGCUUACCUGUAAGAUGCUUCGACCUACCCUAGCAUAA